AAUCGGAUAUACGGAGGCGAUAGAUAAAAGUAAAAACCAAGCCGUUGUUUGUUUACAAAGGGUGUGCGGGUUACAUGUAGAAUGAGAAUUAAAGGUUAAUAAGAAUUCCUGUCAGAAACGUUUGCGCCAUUUGUGAAGUCCACACACAGACAGACAGAUGGAGGAGCUGAAACAAGCACUGACAGACAUACAGACAACAGAGAGUAGCCUUAUAGGGUAUCUCAACGAUGUCCUCAAUGAGCCUGAUGGUGUGUCCCAGUUAAUGGAUGGAAGAAUCGGAAGGCUGUUUGAGCUGGCCAAGUGCUACAAGUCUGCAUUUGACAGAUUGAAGGUAACAUCAAGAGCUGAGUUUCAAGAGCACAUCAAGAGAGGUUACAGAUAUGCAGAAAUACGAGAUCUAGAUGAAGACAUUGUGAAUUUAGAGGAAGAAUGGGAUGGGAUAUUACAGAGAAUUGACCAAUCACUGAAGGAGGAUGACACAGGUGUUGAGCUGGGAGACACAGGACCAGUAAAUGUCAUGUUGACUGAUGCUAGAACCGGGCAGGAGACCAGUUUAACGGAGUAUCUAGGUCACCAGAGCCUCGUUUUGGUGCUUUUAAGGCAUUUCGCCUGACUUCCAUGACGACAGCACAUUGAACAAGUUGAAAAAUCAGAGGAGCAGAUAUCAGAUUCAGGCGGUCAGGCAAUAGUAGUGUCUUUUGGUGACCAAAAAGGGGCACAGCAGUGGCUAGUAGAGACCUCCUGUCCAUUCCCCAUGCUCCUGGACUCACAGAGAAAGGUGUAUACUGCAUUUGGUUUGCAUCGUUCUGUCAGCAAAGUUUGGGGAGUAGAAGAGAUGGUUUACUAUGCAGAGUCAAUGGCCAAGAACAUUCCGUUACCCAAACCCUCUCAGUACGUCAAUGAUGACCCGCAGCAGAUGGGUGGAGAUUUCAUCAUUGACAAAGAUGGAGUUGUACAAUACAUGUACUGUAGUAAGAAGUCCAUGGAUAGACCGUCUGUACAAGAUAUUAUAGACAAUUUGAAGAAACUCCAAUGAAAAGACCUUCAUUUCCAGUAGUGAUGAAAAGCUAAACUGAAAACUCGUGAAAGUUUAGUUUGGAGGGUGCUACGAAAAUGGUGUUUUUACAUUGGAAACAUUUUAAAUUUACUAGUAUGUAUCUAGUGGGUAGUUUAAUAGAUUUGAUUGAUCAGCAGGUUUGAAAUAUGUCUUUCAUAUUGUUAUCAUAUUGUUAUGUUCCAUUUAGUGAUUAUCUUCAACUCUCUCUACAUAUAUUUAUAGGUAAUUGAAUUCUGUUAUUCAUAUCCAUAUUCCCAAAUACAUUAAAGUUUGUACAAAUAAUUUUCCAAUUGCAAUUAUUUGUGUUUCUCAAUGCACUAUUGCUAAAAAUGUUUAUGUAUGGUUAUUUACUGAAUGUUGGGUAUGUCAAUUAACUUUUGAAUUUUAGAAUGAACUCUAAAAAAAAAUUGUCAUUUGUUUUUUCAUACGAAAACAUGUAUCAUAAUAAAAAAUAUUAUUACCA